UUUUCCCCUCUUUUGACACUAUAUAUCUUCCUACGACACUUCUUAUACCUUUAGCCAUUUUUCAAUCUCUAACGAAGCUCUUUCUUCACGAGAUUUACACAGAAAAUUAUUGGAAAAUGGCUACGGGAGCUGCUGGCGACGGACUAUUUCGGGGAGUAUUCGACGGAUGUAUUUCCGGUCACGAUAUGGGGAUUCAACAAAGGCCGUACCACCGGAACUGUGGCUGUGAACUUCAUAAGUCCCGUGGAAAUUGCUCUCAUUCUUCUCGUUGUACCAACGUAUCUUAUCCGAUUCGACGAUCGUGGAGCGAAAGCUGUCUAUCGUUGGCCGCCGCUUCCGCCGGUGGUGCCUCCGGUCAUUCAUCGACAUGCUCUUCUCCGGCCUCUGCCGCCGGCGGCGGCACGGAUCUCACCGGAAAGAAGAAUUUGGUUCGUUCUAGUAGUGUUGAUUACGACGUCGUUUUGUUUAAGGUUUGAUAAAAAUUAUUUGACACUUUAGUUUUUUUUCAAUUAUAUGAUUAAUUCCUAAAGUAAAAAAAAAAUGGAUUUAUUUAUUUAA